AUGGAACCUGAAGGCAUGAACGCGACACCGACGAGCAAUGUGCUCCUGGUUUAUCCUUUUGUGUGCGAGCCUAGCGCCCAGAACCAGUGCACAUUGCCGCCACAAUCUCGCCUACCACAAUUCAGCGAAACUUCCGCCCGCAUAUUGAAUCGCAUCAAAGGCAAUGGUGCCACGCAACACAAGAUCAGCGCAGAUGGUCAGCUAGACGCGAGCAAAUCAAACGAUUCAUCCGUCGAUGAGCUCACGCUGCUACUGCCCGGAGACGUUUCACGGUCUCUUUCGGCGGCACAACUGGAAUACGUGUACAAAAAUGACGACAGCUUCGAAACGACGGGUGUCAACUUUGCGCAAGAGUCUAUACCGUUUCGGCCACCACACAAACCAAUUGAAGUAGACGAUGCUGUCACGGUUGCGCCGGCGGAGCCCACAAGAGAAGAAGCCAUCGACGUGCAAAGACAAGCGUGGCUAGGCACAUUGCCUGAUGGUGUGCUACCAGCCAAGCCGGAACUGGUCGGCUUCCCUGCAGGACCUGAAGCGUCUGCGUCUACAUUGACAAGUUACUUUUACGGCAAAUCCAAGACCGAUCUCCUCAACAUCCUCUCUUUCGCCGAUCAGCUGGAGCCGCAGCUACUCGUCGACCUAUUCGUAUCCGUUUCCAAGCGGCAUCCAAAGCUACCACUUUUUGAUGCACCGGAUUGGGAAACCAAGGUUCGUGAGAAGGAGGCUGCCAGGGCGGUAGCGCUCGCGGCAGCACAGGCCCGAGCUCGGGCGCAUCAGCGGCCGCGACACGGACACACGUUGCUGAACCCUAGAAUGCGACAGAAGCGCAAUGGCGUGAGAAAGGUGGUCAAGAUCACUACCACCACGACAGAAGCGGCCGGGAAGACGGUAGUGGUGCAGGAAGAAGAGAGUGAGGAGGAGGAGCUGCUGCCUCCGACGUGGCGCAAGGCGGGAGAGGGGCUGUAUGCCAUGCUACCGCCGGAGGAUGAGGAUACGCUCUACUUGGCAGAUGAGGGUGACGAUGAGGCAUUCAACCAUUUCAUGGUAGAGAGCAGUGUCCAGUUGAAAAUAGACUCGCAGCUCAUGUCACAGCAAGCGCAGAUAGAAAAGAAACAAAGUGACGCUGCAAUUACAUGA